AUGAAUCACAUACCAUUUUCAUCAGUAAAUACAAAAUUUGAUGAAAUUGUCAGCGAGAAAGAGAGGAUUAAUGUUUUCAACAAGGCCAAUUUAGCCGAUGAGAGCCUGGAAGGGAACGUAAGGAAGGUAAUAAAGAAAGAAUACGGGCAUCCAGUGGUAUUUACCGAUUCUAAAAGGAAUAAAGGGAUUAAUACUAUAUUGCGAAAGAUUAUCGCUCAAAUGUACCAAGGAUCAUUGAGGAGAAGAAAACUAGUUCGCGCGUUGAUAGUUGGAAUGCCUCACGUCGGGAAACAAUCUUUGAUCGCAUCCAUGCGUAAUUAUGGAAUUAACCGUGGAAACGUACCCAAUGUCAAGCAGAAGAUUAGUGGAUCAAACAUUCAGGUCUGGCAGAAUCCUCUCAUUUACAUUAUGCAUCCUACAGGUGGAAUGUGUGAUCAAGUAGCGGAUCCAUUACUUUUGGCUGACUACAUAUUAUGGAAUUUGAACAGAUUUUCCGUAUUUGAAUAUGUCCAACGAUGUAAUCUCGCUUCUCCUACCGACAAUAUUUCCGAAGUGCUAGAGUCAAUAUCCUCUACCAAAGAGACUUCCACUGGUGACAAAGACUUGCAAUCAGCGGCCAGGGAGUUUAUUGAAUGGUUUAGAAACGGAUCAUUAGGAAGAGUCACGCUUGACGACGUCUCAAAUAGACCGACAGAAAACGACGAUGAAUCAAAGGAUGUCAAAGACGUUGAAGGGACCAUGUUAAGGAAGAUGAUGCGGGAAAGAAAAAAGAAAUUUGUAAAGGAUAAGUUGAGACAAGGUAUACUGUGA